UGGGAGAGAGUAGUGUCUGGAGUGGUAUUGAAAAGGGAGAAAAAAACUAAACUCGAAGGUCUUUAUCAUUAGAAUUCUUUAAASAAGAAUUAAUGGCCCUGUGCUUACGAUUACUGCGAUCUGGGAUACGAAAAUCUCUUUCUGUUUUGACUUACCAAGGGUCUAAGAACUCGACGCUUUAUACAACAUGGCCGCGUGCUACACAACUAACGGCGAGCUGGAAUAUUCGUUUUCUCAGCUCUCUUCAAAAUCAGAUAGAGUUGACUCCAGAAAAGGARCUUGAGAAAAACAGGAGAACUAUCUUUGUUGGUGGAUUUGAAGCAGGAACAACGGAAGAUAUCUUAAGGCAAUAYUUCGCAAGCUUUGGAGAAGUUCAAAGCGUACGUAUUGUCAAAACCUUUCUUGGGUACUCAAGAAAUUAUGGUUUUGUGUGCUUCAAAGAUCCUGAAGUGGCAGAUGAAGUUCUUGAAAAGAAGCAUGUUAUUUUAGAUAGGGAUAUCGAUGUUAGGAGAGCAAAGAAAUACCGAGUUGUUUAUGUUGGUGGYUUACCCUCACACUUUACUGAAAAAACUAUAAGAGAUCAUUUCUURCAGUUUGGUAAUGUUGAAUCGGUUCAGUUUAUUGACAACGCCAAGAUAAAAUCGAAAUCAGGUUUUGCUUUCAUUACGUUCAAUGAUGUUAAUGAUGCUAAAAAAGCACUUGAACAGGAAAAACAAGAGAUUGAAGGAUAUGAAGUUAAAGUCAAACCAMGAGAUGCAUCUGAUAGAGAUGUUGAAGCUGAGGUCUCAGACUCUAAAAAACUAAAAGUAGAAGGUCUUCCGUUUGAGACUACAGUGGAACAACUAAGAGACCACUUUGAACAGUUUGGACAACUCAARGCGAUUAAUCUUCUUAUUAACUCCAAACGAAAGAUGUGUGUUGGGAUAUUACUCUUCGAAAGCUUGGAAGGGGUCGAAAAUGCAUUAAGUAAUGAAUAUCAUGAAAUUGAAGAAUGCCCUGUAAAUGUUGCUAGAGUUCCAGACAGUGUUAACUUUGGUACAAGAGAGAAGGCAAUUUUCAUCGAGAAUCUUGCAAGCCAAACAACAGAAUCCACCAUACUAAAUUACUUCAGAAGGUUUGGCCAGAUUGCCAAGGUCCAUUUGGUGAGGAAUCCCAGCACUGGUAUAAGUGAAGGUUGUGGAGUUGUGAAAUUCMGAAGACCUAUACCUGCAGAACAAUUUAAGAAUAUUUCAACACACCUUAUUGAYGGUACUCCUGUCCAAGUACGUCGCCGUGGCCUUAAGCUUCGUCCAGCUCUGGCUCUCAAUGAAAUAAGUGGA